AUGAAAUCGAUGGAUCCCCCCGCACUCCUUUUUUUCCCCGUUUUUUUUUUAGCCUGUUUUUUCUCGGGUAUCCGCUGUAGCCCACUUGCAUUUCAGGAUCCUUGGACAGUAAGUGGACAGCGCCAGCUGAUGACUAUCUGGCGUAAAUAUUUGAUCAACUUCUACAAAUACUCGACAAAGGCAUGUUUCUAUUUUUUUAUCUACUGCAUCAUUGCAAAACUUAUGGUCACUGUGAGCACGUCUCAUAGCUUGUAUACCCAAUUGGAGUAUAUAUUCUGCAUGAGUAAAAUAAGAAAGAAGAGGACGGUGCCACUGUUACGCCUGUUGCGAUUAGCGACAGCUGAAUCUAUAUCAUUUGUCGUUUCUGUACAUAUACAAUCUAAUCUAAUAAGUCAGACAGUUUUAUCAUAA